AAAGACUUGUGUACAAAUGAACCAUUUUAAUUAGUAAUUAUUUUAUUUCAUUUUGUGCUUUUAAAGGAACAUGUCAAAUGGUUCCUGUUUUCCACUUACUUUACAAUCCCUGGUAACACAGACCCAGUGAACCAGUGUAAGGUGAACAUGCAUUUUUAGAAAAGCUUCAGGAUCCGUAUCAAGUCUCUCUUCUCUGAAGUGGCUUGGUUCUUUGGCUCCACCUUAAGCUACACUGUGCCAAAGGGAGAAAGUUGCAUCAGACACGAUUUGGAACCGAUCCCAACCAGAACACAACAAGAACCAGCAGACAGAAUAAACUAAGUGUUGAAGAGAUGCUGUGUAAGAUUUCAGUCACGUUUAAAUUGGGAGUUUAAGGAGUUUGAGAAGCUUGUUUUUCAACCCUUCCGGAAUCUCAUUGCACUUGUCGGCAUGCAUGCCCAGGUCUGCUUUGAAAAGUGCUGAAAUAUAUUUUUUGGGAAAUGACUUCAGUGAUUUCAGUCAUCAUACUAUAGCAAUCUAAACGUGCUCAGAAUCCUCACGAAAUGAUGUGUCUGUAAAUACCAACAUCACAGAUCGGUCACGCACAAGGCCUCUGUGUCAUACGUGUCUUAUCUCUGUGAACGUCUUUAGUACAAGUCUGACCUCUGUGAUAUUUUUUUUUAUUGUUAAACCCCAUCAAGCACUGUAACUUCCUAUUAUACUUUGUGUAAAUAAUCAUUGUGCUGGAAUGAUAUCAUAUGUAUGCGUUUAAAGUACCUACAUCACUCUAGAUAAGAGGGCACAAAACUCUGUUUUGUAGUGUAUGUCAGUGUCCACUAGUGAUAGUUUAAACUAUCUUUGUAAAAGUGAUCUACCACUUUGAGAAUGAUUAUGACAUCUGAGAGGUGAAAAGUACAGUACAUACUGACUGUACCAUGAGGUAGACAAAAGUUCAUUCAGAAAAACACACUGUCAUUCUAAGAUAUUCAAAUAUCUUGCUUUGUUGCACAAAACCAAUAACUAGAUAGCCUCACAUGUCAAAUUUAAUGCAUUAAAAAGGCUGUUUACAGUAAAUUUGCCCCAUACAUUUUAGAAAGUCUCAGCUAACACUGUCAGUAAGCUAACACCUCAUACAUAUUCCUUUUGUAGCACAAAACUAUCAACCAUAAAUAACAUUCCCAUUAAAUUAUUUAUUAACAAAAUCAUAUUUUUGCUGCUAAUAGAAGGAAAAAGGCUUUGGGCAGUAUAAGAGUUAAGUAUAGAGUCAAGCUAUAAUAGUAAUAAUAUUAAUAAACUAACUAGUAAACCUGAAAGCUUUAUGUAAUAUAUAUUUCUCUAAACACAUGCAAUGGUGUUUCUCUGUGUGGGCCUAUUGUAACUACUCAUUACUAAUUAAUGAACAUAAAAUACGGGCAUCUGUUCCACACUGAGUUGUGUAUUUUUUUUUUAUUAGCUACUUUUUUGUUGUUUUUCUUACACCAUACAAACUACUAAUCUAAACCCAGAUGAUUAUUUCAUUCAUGAUAAGCCUCUAUACUUUUUCAAGGUUGUGACGUGGUUAUUACAGUCUAACACCAGGGGGCGCCAGUGGGUUGCAGCUGUAAAUGCUUUGUUGACGUUAUCCUGCAUUACUCCUAAUAUUGCACUUGCAGAUUUGUGUAGUGUGCAUCUUGGAACUGAAGGCAUGAAUUAAAGUGUAUUUGCUUUGUUUAUUUAUUGUUAUAUAAAUGUCAUGUUGUAUUGGCACAAAAUUAGAAAAAACUACAUGCCUUUGAGUUCUUUGAAUUGCAUGUAUUGAGUGAUAUGCGUUGAUGUAAAAACAGUUUAUACUGCUUUAUUUACACCUUGUGCAUUUUGUUUUCUUAAAAGCACUAUUUCAGACUAAUAUAUUGUAGCUAAAGAAAACUUUAGAUGAGUGAUAAAUGUAUUGCAUAAAUGGAUUGAAUAUGUUGGCGGGUCUUUUGUAAUUUGUUGUAUGUUUCUUUUCAAGAUCUGAAUGUGCAUGUGUGUAUGCCUGUGCACAUGACUCACAGGGCACAUAUAUUCAAAAUAGUUAUUCUCUUUUAGGGAUCACUUAUAAGGAUGGUCAGGGGUAGGGUUGUGUGUGCCGUGGUUAAAGUCAGAUUUAGGAUUAGGUGUAUUUAGUUACAGUGAUUGGUAUUUACACCUGUGUGUGUGUGCGUUUACAUGUAUGUGAGCUGAGAGAAUCAGAUGGCUGGAACCACUGAGACCUGGUUGAGGAGAAUAUGUUGCUAUGGCGAUGACGCCAACAUUUCCCAUCACACUGUUGUUUACAUCACUGGAUUGGUGCGAUGACCCCUGAACCCCUCCCCCCUCAGACAAGCUCUCCCUCUGCUGUUAGCAUUACCGUUAGCAGCUCUUGGCAGCCCCACAUUUUGCAGUGCUGAGACCGUUGUAGCUGUUAGCUUUGUGAGGAACUGCUUAACCAAGAGUGUGUGUGUGUGUGCCUGGUUAUACUUGAAAGCUGGCAUGUCUGUGCACGUUGAGUGCUUUCAAAAAGAUCUGAGACACAGUAUGACAGUGUCCAUUUAAUCCCUCCUCUCCCCUUCUGUCUGCUCCUCCCUCUAUUCAGAGCCAUCUACACGCCUGCGCCAAUCUCUUCCCCUCCCUCCCUCCCUCGCUCUCUCCCUCGUUCUGUCAUAUGUGUUGGAGCAGCCGUGGUGUCUGUGACGGAUUGCCUACAUCGCUGCGCUACCUGGAAGAGCAAACAGAGGGAGAAGACGUGAUAAGAGCAAGAGGAGAGGAGCGAGGGAUGGCUAGGAGGAGGUGCAGCCUCUGCACUAUCAGCCCCAAGCAGAGAGCCGUGACGCAAAGAGAGCACUGGUUGCCUUACGAGGAUUUGGAAGGAUUUUGAGAGGGGAGGAGAGGGGGAUAGAGGAGCGAGAGCGAAAGAGGGAGAGUGGGAUGGGCCUUACAAACAUAGCUGCACGGUGCUAACAAUCGUGGACUAAAUAGCAUGCUGGAUAAGAGUGAGGUGUCAACGCUGGGCCUGCCUCCAUCUACAGCCCAUGGAGGCUCAGAUGGAAACAUUAGUGUUGAGGGGGCGGGGUCAGGGGCGGGGUCAGGGUCAGGGUCAGGGGAGGUGCAGGGGGAGGUGCAGCGGACACGCGCCGCCCUGGAGCAUCUUCAGCAGAAGAUACUGAAGCUCACUGAGCAGAUCCGCGUGGAGCAGGAGGCUCGUGACAACAAUGUAGCAGAAUACCUGAAACUGGCCCACAAUGCUGACAGGCAGCAGGCCUCACGCAUCAAACAGGUGUUUGAGAAGAAGAACCAGAAGUCAGCACAGACCAUUGCUCACCUGCAUAAGAAGCUGGAACACUACCACAGGAAGCUCAAGGAGAUUGAGCAAAACGGCCUUGCGCGUCAGCCCAAAGAUGUCCUGCGAGACAUGCAGCAGGGCCUGAAGGACGUGGGCGCCAACGUGCGUGCCGGCAUCAGCGGUUUUGGCGGGGGCGUGGUCGGGGGCGUGGUCGAGGGCGUAAAGGGCGGUGUCUCGGCCCUCACACACACGGCAGCAGUCGUUUCAAAGCCAAGGGAGUUCGCCAGCCUCAUACGCAACAAGUUUGGCAGUGCCGACAACAUCGCCCACCUGAAGGACACUCUGGAGGAGGGGCAUGCGGAGGACACGCCCAGGGCGCUCAGUGGAAGCGCCACCCUCGUCUCCAGCCCCAAAUACGGCAGCGAAGAUGAGUGCUCCAGCGCCACCUCUGGCUCCGCCGCCGGCAGCAACUCCGGAGGGGGAGGGGCUGGAGGCGUGGCCAUGCCAGGGGUGGGUGUGGUCAUGGGAAGCCCACGAUUGGAUGGGCACCACCACCAUCACCACCACUCGUCUCCAUCAUGGGAUGCACUGCUAGAGGGCCUGCAGGAAAUCAAGGCAAGUCAAACACACGUGGAGGAUGCCAUGGAGGACUUGAGGAACCAGCUGCAGAGCGACUACUCCUACAUGACCCAGUGCUUGCAGGAGGAGCGCUACAGGUACGAGCGUCUAGAGGAACAGCUUAAUGACCUGAGUGAGCUGCACCAAAAUGAGCUCAGCAACCUAAAGCAGGAGCUGGCCAGCAUGGAGGAGAAGGUGGCCUACCAGUCCUACGAGAGAGCCAGGGACAUACAGGAGGCAGUGGAGUCAUGUCUGACGCGGAUCAGCAAGCUGGAGCUGCAGCAGCAGCAGCAGCAGGUCGUCCAGCUGGAGGGCGUGGAGAAUGCCAAUGCCCGCGCCCUGCUCGGCAAGCUCAUCAACGUCAUCCUCGCACUCAUGGCAGUGCUGCUUGUCUUCGUCUCCACCAUGGCCAGCUUCAUCACACCGCUAAUGAAGAGUCGCGCCCGCAUCGCUACCACGGUUGCCCUCGCGCUCUUCUUAAUCACCUUCUGGAAGCACUGGGAUUGGCUGGAGCUCUGGUUGCUGCCUGGCUGAGUCAUGCGACCAUGGCAGUCUGCCCUUCGUACCAGAAUCACGGCACAAUUAUGUAUACUGCUACUGAAACCACAGAAACUGAAUCCCGCUGGGACACAUCCCAUUACACUAUUUCCCCUGAAAACCUUAAAGAAAGGCUGAAAGGAUGAUGGACAAACAAAAACGACAUCAGCAUACUUUUUUUUCCAACCUUAGAAGAGGCUGAAAUACGUUUGUUGUGGGAUUAGGAAUCACGGCCUGAUCACGGCCAUCAGGGUGCCAAGAAGCAGCUCCUUGCCGAGCCUGGCUGAGCAUGCAGGACCUACACACACAGCCCUGCUGCCCAGGUUGGUGGCUUUCGUGUGAUAGACACCUGCCUUCAAAGUCACCCACGGUCACUACAGAACACACUUUGAAUCGAAAACAUCCGAGGAUUUCAAUUUUUUUCAAACCAUUUUUGCUUUUACUUCACGAUUAUGUGUUACUUCAUGAUUGUAUGGUUUCAGGAGGAUUGCACGUUAAGUGAACGUGUGAGUGGUCUUCUUGCAUGCGUUCUCAGUAUGAUCAGUGGAAGUGAUCAAUAAACGGCCACUGACCAUUCUGUCAUCGACCUCACGUUUCAUUGCUCCCACUGGCACUACUAACGUUAAAGUAAAUGUCAUUAGUACUGAGGGGAUUUAUUUUCUAGUAAAUGGGUAGUGGGUGAAGGCGUCUUUGUACGAUAACGCCUUUGACGUUUAUAAUCACUGGUUAUUUUUUCAUUGGAGUACACCGCCAACAAAUAGUAUAACUAUGUGUACAUCUAAAUUAUACUCCGGCACAGUAGAGCAUGAACAAGAACAUUUUUAAAUAGCACCCCAGUCAAUACUACAAAGUUGCACAACACUCAAAUCCAUCGUUUCUCUUUUGUAAGCACUGGCUGUAAAGUGUCAUGAAUGCCAUCAUCUAUGUGAACCACAGGCAUAUUUGGGCAUAACGUUCAUAUUUCUACCCAGUUUGCUAAUCCCCACUAUUCCGUUGUAAUCUUAAUAAAGAAAUUAACAAA